GAGUGUUCAUUGAUCGUCCAUUGCUUGUUGACACUUUUUUCCCGGACUUUUUUUUUGUUAUUGUUCUCCUCUAUUUCCACACAAUUUUGGGGGAAAAAAGUCUUUUUUAAUCAAACAUGCCAACUCAAUCCAAGUAUUUUGUUCCAGUCAAAAAGGGAGAUUUCUCUUGGAUUGGAGAAGGAAUCCUUGUUGGUGAUAGGCGCAGCAAAGAAAAACAUUACAAAGCUUUUCAGUUAAAUGGCGAAAACUAUAAAAUAGGCAACUUUGUAUAUAUUUCAAACGAAGAUAUUAUUGAUGGUGGUUUGGAUUCAUCUUUCAUUGCUCAGAUUAAAGACCUUUAUUCCAAGAUAAGAGGAGAUUAUGAUAUUGGUGAUAAUUAUGUUGUUGUCAGAUGGUUCUGGAGACAAUCAGAAAUUGGAGAAUCUCUACGCAAGAAAUGUUGUCAGCAAUCUGCUGCCAAUGAAAUAUUCCUCAACACUGCAUCGUUCUUUGACACAGAAGUGUUUACCGAGACAAUUGUUGGGAAAUGCAAGGUUCAGUUUUGCUCCAUGAGUGGUAUAAAGAAGAAUAAAAAUGGGAUUACAGAUCAUUCAUACGUGGUCGCACGGUCUUGUGAUGGACGCAGUAUCAAGGAACUACCAUCAUCAUCUUCCAACGGCAAAAAAUUUCCAGUGUCUGAUGAUUGUUCGGAUUCAGAAUCAGACUCUGGUUCUGAAACUCCCACAGAAGAUUCAAAUUCUGUUAGAAAAUCCUCGCACCAUGGCAGGAAUUUAAGAUCACCUAAGAUGCUGCAGUCACCUGUGGUUCCACUCCAGGGAAGCAUUUUUAAAGAGAAGAAAUCAAAAAGCAAACACCAAAGCAAUUCAAAAACAUCGAGAAAAUUUAAAUGCUCCCAGGUAGUUGAUAUGCUGGAUGAUGAGUCUGACAGCAGUUCUGAUAUGUCAGACAUUAGUGAGAGUUCAGAAGCUUCCAGAGAAAAUGGCCAUCAAUUAAACGGUCAGUCAAAAUCCAAUACAAGAUUGAAUACAAAUCUUGAUACUCCUCCAACUGCCACAAGAAAUAAAACUCCUAAGAAUGAUUCAUCAGCUAUUAAGAACCAUCAUGCAGAGAAAACUCCUAAAAGAAGUGUACGUCGAGGGCUGGUCGAAGAAUUUGAAUCAGUCAAAAAGAAUCCCUUUGGUCUCACUCUCAGGAGGAAGGUAGCAUCUGUUGAUCUUGUGAAUCUUUUGGAUGAAGCAAGUUCUGAAGAAGAUGAUUUUGAUUCAGAUAGUGUGUCCAGUUUUAAAUCAAAAGAUUCAAGGCUGUCUGAAAAAGUUGCUCCUGAUGAGAAAAGGAAACUUAGAGGAACUGAUAAAAACAACAAUACUCCAUUAAAGGUCAAAGUUAAAACCAAAACAAAGAACAACAGUGUAUCAAAGAGUAAGAUAAAAUCUGAAGAAUUUGACAAGAAAUCAGCGACUGUCAAACAUGUGACUCCAUUGAAGUUACAACUUGAUAACAGUACAUUGCGUAAGUCUUGUCGCAAAAGAAAGUUGGUUUCAAACUACAAUGGUGAGAAUGAGAAGAAAACAGAUAGUCCUCAAGUGAAACAAAAUUUGUCCUCAAAGAAAUCAGGUCACAAAGAGAAAGUGUCCAAAAAGUCAAAAUCAACUGAUUUAUCUUCUGAUGAAUACAGCCCUUCCAGUGAUUCUGAAACUGAUGGCACUUUUGAUGAUGAUAAUGAUGAUGAUGAUGAUGAUGACGACUUUGUGACAAGCAAAAAGACCCCACGAUCUUCUGUAAAGAAAAAAAUUUUGAGUGAGCGAAAAACUUCCAAGUCUUCUAAAAGUAACAAGAAAAUAAGAACUCCUGGUGUCCCAGAACGAGUGAAACCAAUGUCUAAAUCUGGUGAUGUAUUUGAAGUAGCUCGAGGCAGACUUCAUGUUUCUGCAGUUCCUGAGUCACUACCAUGCAGAGAAAAAGAAUUUGCAGAUAUUUAUUCAUUUGUGGAAAGUAAAAUCCUUGAUGGGACUGGAGGGUGUAUGUACAUAUCUGGUGUACCUGGUACUGGAAAGACUGCCACAGUGCAGGAAGUUAUUCGCAACUUAAGAGAAGCUGCUGAGGCUGGUGAUAUUGGAAUGUUCCGGUAUAUCGAACUGAAUGGAAUGAAGUUAACAGAACCCCAUCAAGCUUAUGUCCAACUUUUAAAGCAAUUGACUGGACAGAAAACCAGUGCUGAACAUGCUGUAGACAUUCUUCAUAAAAGAUUCAACAAUUUGGCACCAAGAAGAGAAACCAAUAUUCUACUUGUUGAUGAGCUUGAUCUACUGUGGACAAGAAAACAAGAUGUUAUGUAUAAUAUAUUUGAUUGGCCAUCAAAACCUCAAGCCCGACUUGUGGUACUUGCUGUAGCAAACACCAUGGAUUUACCUGAACGCAUCAUGAUGAGACGAGUUUCUAGCCGUCUAGGACUUACUCGAAUGACUUUUCAGCCUUACACUUUCAAGCAACUUCAGCAAAUUGUUCUGUCUCGACUGCAAGGACUGAAAGCAUUUGAUGAAGAUGCCAUCCAGCUAGCUGCUCGCAAGGUUGCAGCUGUGUCUGGAGAUGCACGUCGUGCAUUAGACAUCUGCAGGAGAGCUACUGAAAUAGCCGGACGCAAGAAUUCUGAUAGUACAGGGCAGAAACUCGUGGGCAUGUCACAUGUGAAUCAAUCAUUACAGGAAAUGUAUUCAUCUAGCCAGGUUUCUGCUAUCAGAAAUGCAUCCGAACAAGAGCAACUAUUCCUUAGAGCCAUUAUUGCAGAGUUCCAGCGUUGUGGUUUGGAAGAAGCACAGUUUUCCAAGCUUUACACUCAACACAUUUCUCUUUGCAGGUUAGAAGGUCUUCCACCACCCACAUUUUCUGAAUUGUUUUCAAUCUGUUCCCGCCUGAGCUCCAUGAAAAUUUUAUUAUCCGAACAUGGCCAGAUGGAUUUACAGAUGAAGGUCCGACUAAACAUCAGCCAAGAUGACGUUUUGUUUGCCAUGAAGGAUAUAGACUUAUAAUACAAUAUACUACUUCAUAUUCACUUCAUUAUUUUUAUGUCUUUCUGAAGUCAUGACAGAAAUUUAUUUUUGUUGUUGUUUUUUUUUUCCUUUUACUCUUUCUUCAUUCACAUGUAUAAUAUUGUCCCAAAUGUAAAUAGUUUUAAACUUAGUCACAUUUAUUUUUAAGGCUGUGGACAUCAGAAUCGGCAGAGCAUUAGACAACAUGACUUUCAGUAUUCUGUUGUUUUUUUUUUCUUCUCUUCAUCCAUGUGUAAUAAUAUUGUCUCAAAUGUAAAUAGUUUUAAAUUUAGUCACUUUUAUUUUUAAGGUUAUUGACAUCUAUAGAGCACUACACAACAUGACUUUCAAUAUUGUUGUAUUUUUUUGUCUCUAAUGUAAAUAGUUUUAAGUUGUUUUAGUUGUUUUUAUUUUUAAAGGAUACGAACAUCAGAAUCAAUAGAGCACCAAACAGCAUGACUUAUAUCCUGUUAUGUUUCUUUACAUUCUAAAUUCAAAAAUCUUACUUGAAAUAACUUUGCCCCUUCAAUCCUUCAGAAUUGAUAGAUAAAUCUGCCCCCCCCCCCAACCUCAAUUUGUGGUCCUGUGUCUGUGUUAAUAAUUGCUAUUACUGAAACAGAACAUUAACCCUUGAGUAUUUAAAUUAGCUAUAUCUGCCCCCAAAAUUUUACCUUUUUUUUCAUGUUCAAACUAGCCAGAUCUGCUUUCCCAUACUUACCCUGCAAUGUCAUUUUGAAAAUAUUUAACAAUCACACUAUCAAAAUCUCAAAGCUACUAGAUGAUGCAGGAAUAACUAAAAGCAAUAAAUAAGCAUUACAUUUGACAGAAUCAUAUGAAUGCUAAAGGAUUAAUGUCAGAUAAUAGUGGACUAACUGAAUCUACACUAUUUGUGCCAGCAAUUUAUGUUCUGAGUUCUGGGGAUAUAAAUAAGAUAAAACACCAGUCAAAUAUUGAGGUUGAUUUAACUGACUUUUCCCCUUGCCCCUUUCCGAUUUUGUGCCUACAUUAGAAGCAACAUCAGAUGCAAAGUUUUAGUAACUUUCUUUGUAACAGUUGCAGUGAAGUAGGUCUAUAGGAGACUAGUUCACUACUUGAGGGGCUGGUUAUUUAUUUCUGUUACUGGCACUGCAAGUUACAUAUAACCUUUGCAAUGAUUAAUUUCACUCAGUAUAGUAAUUAAUAUCCUAGCUGAAUAUAGUUAACUGCUGUAACUAUAUUAAGUACUAUAUAGUAAAAGCACUAGAGUUUUGCUAGUUUUGGUAUCAAGCUCAAAUCAUCCAAAGGGACCACAGAGGAGAAAUCAACAAAAAAAAACCGUUGCAUGGAAUGCUGCUUUUAUUUCCAAUAUUCUGUACAGACAUAUUACCUAGCUUGGAAACAAGUGAGUGUUGUUGACAGGAAGGGCAUCCAGCUGUAGAAAAUCUACCUCAGUAAUCCCCACCUGAUCUAUGCAAGCAUGGAAAAGUGAACAUUAAAAUAACAAUGAUGGAUGAAAUAAGUACAUAAUUGAAUAUAGCAGAUAUCCCUAUAUCAUUAGUGUUCUAAGUUCAGCAUUCACUGCACUGCUGUUCUUAGGGCUUUGGCUAUAGUUUAGAAAGGAUGUCCACGGGUCAUCAUUCUGUCCAUCAGUUUCUGGUGGGAAGGCAACUCUGGGUGUCUCAGACAGUACUUGGUAAAUUGCAGCUGUCUUUUUACUAUCUUAUUGGUCAGCUGAGAAAAUCAUCUUCUACAUCCAGCCAGAUGAUGAUGAUGAUCAGAGCAUGUAUAUCAAUAACAAAAUCAUUGAUAUAUACUCUAGACAUCAUUGGACUGGGCAGCUGACUUCACUGGCAGUGAGUGGUCACCGGAGAGGCUGGGGAGAAGUCUGAGACUCAAUAUCUAAUAUCAAGGCAAUGGACAUCAAUAAAUGCUGUGUUUCAAAGACAGUAUACAAUGUGAUGUAUAAAUAAUGCAAACAAUGUGAAAUAGAUUGGCUCAGUGAAAAUGUAUAUUUGCAACCCAAUUUGAAAUUUGCAUGUUUCAAAUUUCAAUAUCUGGUAUAAUUACUGUUAUAUUUUAUGUAGUUUUAAUAUAGGGAAAUAAAUUUUGCAUACCGUAAAUCCUCGAGUAUAGUCCGCCCUUGAAUAUAAUACACAGGGGAUUUUUAGGAGGCUGUACCUCUGA